CUGUUUCUGGAGUGACCCGCUGCCCGUGUAUUGUAAUAAGUGGCGCUACAAAGCUGUCAGUUAUGAUGCUGCUGAAUUCAUUAGCAUCGCUCUACUUCCUGGCCGCUGUUGCCUUUGCUGUGCCUGCUCAGGAGAAGCGCAUCCAUCACCAGCCUGAUCUGAGUGACCACGCCCAUGAUGAUGCUCACAGUUUCCAGUAUGACCAUGAGGCCUUCCUGGGUAAAGAAGAGGCCAAGACCUUUGACCAGCUGACUCCUGAGGAGAGCAAAGAUAGAUUAGCGAAGAUAGUGGACCGUAUUGACACUGACAAGGAUGGCUACAUCAGCCACGGAGAGCUGCAUUAUUGGAUCAAACACCGACAGAGGAGGUACAUCGAGGAAAAUGUUAACAAACACUGGAAGGACUACGACAAGAACCAAGAUGACAAGAUAAGCUGGGAGGAGUAUAAAAACACCACCUAUGGCUACUAUCUGGGUGAGGAUUUUGAUGAUAUUGAUGACAAGGAGACGUAUAAGUCCAUGCUCAAAAGAGAUGAAAGGCGCUUUAAGACGGCUGACCGAGACAGUGAUGGCAUUGCCACACGUGAGGAGUUCACUGCCUUCCUUCACCCUGAGGAGUUUGAUUACAUGAAAGAUGUGGUAAUUCAGGAAACUGUAGAGGACAUUGAUAAGAAUGGGGACGGGAAGAUCAACUUAGAAGAAUACAUCGGUGAUAUGUACACAGCCGAGGAUGGGGAAAGUGAGCCUGACUGGGUCCAGACAGAGAAGAAACAUUUCUCAGAGAUCAGGGAUACCAAUAAGGAUGGGUACCUGGAUGCUGACGAAGUAGGACAGUGGGUUUUGCCUGGAGAGGUUGACCAUGCUGACAAUGAAGCCAAACAUUUGAUCCACGAGACAGACACUGACAAGGAUGAGAGAAUAACCAAGAAGGAGAUUCUAGCCAACUGGAACAUGUUUGUGGGCAGUCAGGCUACCAAUUAUGGUGAAGACUUAACGAAGAAGCACGACGAACUUUGAUGAAAAUGUAGUUAUGGGGAUAUCAGAGUAGGCGUGGGACUUGGGUCUGGAUUAUGCUGUUUUAGUUGUAUAAUCAAUAAUGUUCUUAUAACAAGCAGCAUGAAAACAUGUCAAAAUUUGCUAUCAAAUGUUUGUCUGAGUGUGUGGAUGGGAGGGUGUGGGAGAGAUUAAAG